CUAGAGUCCACUUCCGGCAGUCGCAGUGCCCCUGGGGGCCGCUUGCUGUAGGUGACCUGGUCUGUGGGCCGCAUCGCUCCCAUCCCGGGGAUGCUGCGCAGUCCCUCUGGUAAUAUCACAGCCUGUUUGGUCACCGCCGCGCGUACUCCUGUAUCCUGGCCCCUUCGCUGCAGAGACUGCACAGGCAGCUGAGGUUGGGACUCGAUACUGGGCUGAUCAAGGAAGAGGAAGCAGUGAUGUCUGCCUUAGGGGCUGCAGCUCUGUACUUGCAUCAUCCUGCUGACAGUCACAGUGGCCGGGUCAGUUUCCCCGGGGCCCAGCUUCCUCCACAGGUGGCAGCAAUGGCCCGGCUCCUAGAGGACCUGGACAGAAGCAUGUUCAGAAAAUUGCUGAAGCUUGUGGUCAGCAGCCUUCAGGGGAAGGAUUGCCAAGAGGCUGUACAACGCCUCGGUGUCAGUGCCAAUCUAUCAGAGGAGCGGUUGAGUGCUCUGCUUGCUGGAACACACACAUUGCUCCAGCAGGCCCUCAGGUUGCCCCCCACCAGCCUGAAACCUGAUGCCUUUAAGGAUCAGCUCCAGGAGCUUGGUAUCCCUCAAGACCUGGUUGGAGAUUUGGCCAGUGUGGUAUUUGGGACCCAGCGCCCCUUCCUUGACUCUGUGGCUGGGCAGCAGGGGGCCUGGCUGCCCCACCUUGCUGACUUUCAGUGGCGGGUAGAUGUGGCUAUCUCCACAAGUGCUCUGGCCCGAUCCCUGCAACCAAGUGUCCUGAUGCAGCUCAAGCUUUCAGAUGGAUCAGCAUACCGUUUUGAGGUCCCCAUCACCAAGUUCCAGGAGCUGCGAUACAAUGUUGCUCUGGUCCUGAAGGAGAUGGCAGAUCUGGAGAAGAAAUGUGAGCGCAAACUGCAGGACUGAACCUCCAUCUAGCCAGUGCUGCAAUCUGGGAGCAGCUUCUCUUUUCCUUGAAGCAGCUCUUGAGUAAAUGAAUGUAAGGGUGGAAUUUUCUGUUUAAAUGAAGACAACUGUGCCUUUUUUCUUAUAGAAGUAAAAACAACUAUUAAAAACAUAUGUCUCUAGAUGAAUGUUAAACUGCACACUCUAAGCUGGGCGUAGUGGCAUACUUCUGUAAUCCCAGCACUUGGGAGGCUGAAGCAGGAGAAUCAUUGCAAGUUCAAGACCAGCUUGGGCUACAAAGUGAGCCCAAGGCCAGUCUGAACCGCAUAGUGAGACCUUGCCUCAAAAAGACAAAAUAAAUAAAUAAAUAAACCACAACCCUGUCA